CCUCUGGUAGCACUACACUGUAUCUCUUUUCAAGUACGACUCUUGAUGGCAUGGAGUCAAGGGGCAUGGAGAGAAUCGUUGGACCGAAGUCCAUGCCUUCUUUGUGUCCAAUGCCAAACAGGGGCCGUACCAGUUCCCAUUGUGUUACAGCCUGCAGAUGGCCUUCAAGGCCUCUCCUUGGAUGAAAGCAGCAAGUGGUGUCAAACCAAUCAGAGCAUCUAAUGCCGGGCUUGAAGUAAUCGGAAAAGCUCCGGUGCAACAGAUGGCCACAGUGCGUUGUAGUCCCGAUAAGGUCCUCCUGACUCCCACGAGAGAGAGUCUACUCAUCCAGACCACUGAUGCAUAGGUGAUAAUGGGUCUUAUCAUAGCCGUGUAGAUCCAUAGGACCUUGCUAGGAGAAAGACUCCACGUUUUCCCAAAGACUAUUUUGCACCAGCCAGAAGGCUGUCAGUGCCUUGGAAGUUUUUGUUCCAACGUCUGACUUCGAAAGAAGUUUGCUAUCGAGGAUUACUCCAAGAUAUUUGAUUUCCAAGGAUAGCUGGAUUGUGACUCCUUUUAGCUUAGGCAGAACGAGUCGAUCAAGUUUUCUCCUUCUGGUAAAGAGGCCAAUACCAGUUUUGGGGGUGUUUGCCGUUAGCCCAUUCGCACAGCACCAAGUGUCAAUUAGCUUGAAAACAAACUGUGUCAAAUAUGGAAUGCCCUACAAGUUUGAUGUUUGCCACUACCCGCUGAGGGGAGAUCGCUCUAAGAAACCACUUUUUGUUAUUUUAUAACCGCAAAACCAAUCUCUCUUUCUAUUAUACCAAAGUAGUCUAGGAUCUACUGCCGAUAUGUCUAUGGAUUAUGCACAAGCACACUCGCCUUCAGCAGCUACUAUGGCUCUGAUAAGUUCAUAAAAAUUUAUUGCGGAGAUUGCUUACUAAAAAACAAAAACAACAAGCAUAGAAACAUAUUAAAUAAUUACUGAAAACACAUAAAAAUCCAAAAUGUUCGUAUAUAAAAUUUAAAAUAAGCGUAAAAGCUUUAAAGUCUAUAAAUAAAUAAUUAGUUUCAACUAAUAUUGGCUUUAUACCCAUAGAGAGGAAUAAAAAAAAUUGCUGCUUACGAAAUUGUAAUAAAACGUAUACUAGACACCCAAACAGAGAACAGCAGCAUUGAAUUAAAAAUAGCAAUUAAAGUGGAAAACAAACCGACCCCUUCUAGUUCGCUACACUCGCUAACAAAUCCAUCGCAAUAUUAAACAAAAGCAAAUCUGCUCACCAACACCAAACAAAACGAAAUUAUCAACGAUCUAUCCAUUAAAAUUUUGCUGCAGAAAUUACUGUUUCAAAUCAUCAAUAAAAAUAUUGACCACAUAAAUAAAAGAUCAUAAUAUUUUACAGCUUUGCGAGUUAACAAAAAAAAAGAAACAAAAACAAACGUAAAGCAGAAAAAACAAAGCAACGCAAACCUACAGCCGCGCAGAAGCGAAAGAGAUAAAAACGAAUAAAUCAACAACUCUUGGACGCAAAGCAAUUAAAAGAAGGCAAAAAGGCAAAAAGGUACACUGACAAAGCGGAUUUAUUAGCGCGAUGCAGCACCCACACAGCCACAUGCGACGAAUACGACACUUCAACAUCUUUCUGCUGCUGCUGCUCUACUUGUCACAAAUCAAAGCUUGGCGACCAUGUCCGGAGCUCAGUCCAGCUUUGCGUUUACCCUGCAGAUGCAAUGUGGUUCCAUUCGCCUCGACGGGGCAGCUGGGUGCGGUGGCAAUGGACUGCGAUCGUGUCGUCUUCCACGGCGAAGCGCCGCAACUGCCGUAUGGCGCGCCGAUUGUCUCCUACUCGCAGCGCUACAGCGGCCAGCAAGUUUUGCCAUCACAGAGCUUUGGCACCUUAAAACUACCCAUUGAAGAGCUGGAUCUUUCGAAUAAUCUUAUACGACGCAUACCAGAGAAAUCUUUCCUCGGACUCAAGGAGUCACUCACAGAGUUGCGUUUGGCGAAUAAUCUGCUUGGCGACAGUUUGAAUCCGAUAUUCUCAACAGCCGAAUUUCAUCCACUGAAGAAUCUGAAAACUCUCGAUUUAUCUGGCAACAAAAUCAAAUCAAUCGAAGAGGGUCUUCUCAAAGGCUGCGUAGACUUAAAGGAUUUCUAUGUGGAUCGCAACUGUCUAACGGCCGUGCCAUCCAACUCACUGAAUGGGCCAAAUGCGUUGCGCCAUCUUUCAUUGCGGCACAAUCAUAUAACUACACUCCAUUACAAAGCAUUCGUUGCGCAGCCUCAACUGGAAAUCGUCGAUCUGCGCUACAACGAAAUCAAAACGAUCGAGGGUCUGGCAUUUCAAGGUUUGCGCGCCAUACGCGAAAUCAAAUUGGCCGGAAAUCGUAUUACGAAUUUGAAUAGUGACGUUUUCGAGCAUGUGCCCACUUUGCAGAAACUGGAUCUCUCCGAAAAUUUCAUAAAUCAAUUUCCAACUGUCUCGUUGACGGCGAUCGGAAAUCUGAAAUCAUUGAAUUUGUCCUCGAAUAUGUUGCAGCGUUUAGACUACACACACACGCAGGUGAUUAAGACACUGGAGGUAUUGGAUUUGAGUCGCAAUGGCAUUACCACUGUACCGCCGGGCACAUUCCGUGACUUGACCGCGCUCAAGUAUCUUGACUUGAGUUUGAACUCACUGCGUACUAUUGAGGACGAUGCACUUGAGGGCCUGGAUAAUCUGCAGACGCUCAUCAUACGCGACAAUAAUAUUUUGCUCGUGCCCGGCAGCGCCUUGGGUCGCCUACCCAGCUUGACCACAUUGCAUUUGGACUUCAAUCGUGUUGCCGCAUUGUCCACCGAGAUUUUGGGCUCCAUUCAGGCGGAGGACAUUACUACACUAACACUUGCGCGCAAUGUGAUACGUGAGCUACCAUCUGGCAGUUUUCAGACAUUUGCCAAUUUGCGUACACUCGAUCUGUCGGGCAAUUCUCUCGCUGUGAUUAGCGCCGACAUAUUCCUGGGCUUAGAUCAAUCGCUCAAUGAGCUGAAGCUCGCGCAGAACCGCAUCACUGGCUUGGGCACGGCACCACUCGCUUUAACCGAGCUGCGCAGUCUUGAUUUAAGCGGAAACAAUCUUGCCGACCUGCCGCGCAACAUAUUUCAAGGUCUGGAGAACUUGCAGUAUCUCAAUCUGAGCAGUAAUCAUCACUUGGCACCUGUGCCUGCAGCGCUCAUUCGUCCACUUUCACGCUUACAAGUGAUCGACUUGAGUCAAUGCUCGCUCAAGCAGGUGUCCGGUGAUCUUUUCGCUACAUUGCAAGACCUAAAGCACAUCUAUUUGAACAACAAUAAUUUACAAGAAAUUAACGAUUGCAGUUUUGUCGAUCUGUGGAAUAUAUCGUCAAUUGAUUUGUCCAACAACCAGAUCACCUCCAUACGGCCAGGUGCUUUCGUCAAUGUAAUGCACAUCAAACGCCUUAAUCUGCGCGGUAACCAGCUGUCCGCUUUCAAGGGUGAGUUCUUCAAUACCGGCACCGGUUUGGAGGAACUUGAUAUCUCGAACAACCACCUUAGCUACCUGUUCCCAUCUUCAUUCCGCAUACAUCCGCGUCUGCGUGAAAUUAAAGCGGCAAAUAAUAAAUUCAGUUUCUUCCCUGCCGAGCUCAUUUCAACUCUGCAAUAUCUGGAAUAUGUCGACUUAUCUCACAACCAGCUGAAGUCGAUUGAAGAAUUGGACUUUGCGCGUCUGCCACGUCUGCGUGCGCUGCUGGUCGCAUACAAUGAGCUGGACAUGCUCAGCGAGAUGGCCUUCCAUAACUCCACGCAGCUACAGAUUAUCGACUUAUCGCACAAUCACUUGGACCGCAUCGGUGAGCGUACUUUUGAAGGUUUGGUGCGUUUGGAAAUGCUCAAUCUCGAAGGUAAUCAACUUACCGAACUCUCUGAUUUGAUAUUUGAACGUUCCAAAUUGCAAAUGCUGGAGAAUAUAAACUUAGCUAGAAACUUGUUCGAAUAUGCACCACUAAAUGCGCUACAGCGACAAUAUUUCUUCGUUUCAUCGGUAAAUUUGAGCCGAAACAAGAUACGCGUCAUUCCCGCAGACGACAGCAUAAUGGUGAAUAUCAAAGACCUCGACUUGUCGUACAAUCCACUGAGCGAGAGUGCCGUGCGCAAUAUACUCAAUGAGCCGAAGACUGUGCGCUCAAUUAAUUUAGCUGGCACAGGCAUUUCGAACCUUCAAGCUUUGGAGACACCAUUUUUGCAGUAUCUCAAUCUCUCUCAGAAUAAUCUCAAAACGAUCGAUGCGAACAUCUUCCAGCGCACAACGCUACUGGAAGUAUUGGAUCUGUCCAGCAACCACUUAGAAAACCUAGCUGAACUUGGCGGUGCCUGGCCCAAGCUGCAGUCACUACACACCCUGGAUCUUUCAAAUAAUAGCUUUGAGGUUAUCUCACAGGAUAAUUUCGAGAAUUUGGAAAUGCUGCGCGAAUUGCGGCUCAAGAGCUUACAUGAAGUCAACCGCAUCGAGAAAAGCGCCUUCAAGCAUGUGCCGAAUCUCGAAAAGUUGGAAGCCUACGAUCUACCAUUGCUGGGCUACCUCGAUGUGCAGGGCAUACUUGAGCUGCUACCUGGUCUAGAGGACAUAGAUUUGGAGGUGAAGGACUCAACCAUUGGCACGGAACAAAUUCAGCCCGCUAAACACCCGCGUCUCAAAUCGAUAGGCAUACGCGGUGAUCGGCUGAAGACCAUAUCCUCGGGUACGCUGGCCGGUUUGAAAAGCAGCGACCUCACAAUCAAACUACAAAAUACCUCACUUACAACGCUUCCACCUGCUUUGCUUUUCCCAGUGCCACGCUCUUCCCACUUGACGCUAGAUAUCACCGGCUCUAAGGUCACUGUUUUAGUGCCGCAAUUCCUCACCGCACUCGAGGACCGCCGUUCAAGCUUGCUGCUCAAAGGACUUGCUACAAAUCCCAUACACUGUGAUUGCAAUGCACGCGCCUUACGUCGCUGGUUACCCAAUUCUCACAUGACCGACGUCGAGUGCCAGUCACCUGCUUUCCUGGCGGGCAAGAAACUAAUCGAAGUCGGCGAUGACGAACUCACUUGCGAUCCACGGCGCAUGACAUCCACAACAGCGCGUAGCACCUCACAAUAUAUGCUCAAAUCAUCAUCACGCCUAGUUACACGUCCAACGAUAACCACCACCGAAGAACCAAUGAUCAUCUGGAGCUUAGAGCCCACACAAGCGCCACCGAUGAAAAUCAAAACUAAGGCACCACUUAUGAAGGCGCCCAUUAUGAGUAAUGAUGACACGCUUAUUAUCGGUAUAGUUGGUGGUGUGGUUGCCUUCAUCGCCAUAUUGAUCAUCAUAAUUUGUAUUGUGCGUUUGCGCAUGAGCAAUGUGGAAUACCACAACGGGCCGGCAAUGAUCGGCAUACCGCCAAUGCCAAUGGGGCCGGGAAGUGUGCCGAUGAGCUUCAAGGGUGCACCCACUGCCCUCUACGCCGUGCCACCUUACGCCACACAAAGCUAUGCCACCUUGCCGCACAAAGCACCGUCCAUACAUCAAUCCAGCCAGAAUCUGUCGCAGCGCGCAGCUUCGCAAAAUGCGCAAAACUCAUACUCGACCAUGUCGCGUAUGUCGUACUUUGGCGGCACGCAACAGCAGGCCUCGCCGCAGUCCAACGGGCAACAGCCGUACAUAAUCUAUUCGGACGACAAAGUCUACAGAUAAGGGCGAGAGUUUACUGUGGUGGUGCAAACAAACAAUAUGGUGUUCAAUGGAAGCUGGGCGGUCGGAGGUGUUUAGGGUGGCAAAAACGACCACAGCGACUUACUCGAUAUAGAUACAUACAAACAUUUUACAUAUACACAUAGUAUACACUUUCAGUCAGUUGUGUAACAUUUAUGCAACGUGUUUUUUCUUUUAAUUUCAUUUUUUGUUUUUUUUUUUUCUAUUACAAAAAAAUAAGCAUGUAAGCGUAGGCGAGUUUUAAGCUUACACAUUAGAAUUAGAGGAGGUAAUAUAAAUUAUAUGAAAGGCCAAUGAAAUAAAGUAAUUUCUUGUAUAGUACUUAAUCAAUAAGAAACGCCGUUAUGUUUGAUGUUUGGCCCUUAUUUAUAGACAAUUACGUAGAUUAAAAUAAAUGCUUGACACAUACGAGUAUAGACAUUAAGGCGGUUCAACUUGUAUGGAACGAUUUUUCGACGUCGUUCCAGCUGGUUCGGAUUCUACACAAAAAAUAUUAAAAAAAUUCCAUUAGAUCGUAGCUCAACAGUCAAUUUCGGGUCCUCCAAAUUUUAAAAUGUGCAAGAAAUUAGUUUAGGAAUGAGAGUAAACUUCUUCGUGCCGUGGGUAACGAAAAAUAUUAUAAUUAAAAAAAAUUAAGCAAUAGAUAUUUUUGAUUAUUCAAAUAGUUGUUUUCUCUAAUAAGUAAUCGUAUUUAUGUAAAUAGUUUAAGAUCGCAAUAUUUAACCCAGCAAGUGGUCUUAUUCCAUAGGUUAACCUCAGUUUAAACAUUUGCUAUUUCAACUGUCUAAGAAAUAGUUCACAAGACAUAUAUUUUUUCUUAAGUAAAUUAAAUAUGACACAUCUUAUUUUAAGCGAUCGUUGUAUAGUAAAUAUGUAGCUUGAAAAGUAUGCGAGAUAUUUGAAUAAAUAUAUUGAUAUGAAAUAAAAAUUAAA